AUGAACGCCACAACUUGGGAGCUGAACAAGGUGAUCGAAUCGUUCUGUGAAUGGACUUUCCCCCUUCAAGCCGCCCUGGGAAUCGGCGGAAACUCCAUCACCUUGCUGGUUCUGUUGAGUCGACCUAUGCGCAGCAGGUUUUUAAUUUUUAGUUUUUGAAUUUAGUUCAAAACAGGCAGCUAUUGUUUUGGAUUUUGAAAAGUUCAGUGAUAGCAUGACAGCUGAAAUUCAGUAUAUUUUUCUCAAAGAAGCUGUUUUUGAGACCUGAACAUUGAAAAUCUCACGUGAUGUUGAAAUAGAUAAAAAGGACAUUAAAACGAUCAAUUUUUUUCAAAAAAGAAGCCGUCUAAAAAAAUUAUAUAGUCGAUUUCCAAAUAUUUUUACAAACUUCAGAAGUUUAUUGGUGGAUGAGAGCGUCGUUAGAAACUGUUUCAUCCAGGAAUACGGAUUUAUUACAGCACAAACACAAUGUUGGCCUUAGCAGCGAUGUGUGACAUGCUCUAUCUCGUUUUCAUGUGUCCCAAUCAGAUGAGUCGAUGGCCCAGCAUCGUCCAAAUAAAGUGCAGAGGUAUUUGGGCUUUUUAAACGUUUUUUUGUUAAAAAAAUCAAAUAUCACUCAUUUUUUUAAAAAAAUUUGACGACGCGAAAAAAAAUUCGAAAUCCGGUUCCCUCUUGAAAACAGAAUUGUGAAAAAGCUUUGUCUUCAAAUAAAAAAACUUAUUUGUUCUAAAUUUAAUUCGUUUGAUCUGUCUGUGCUUUUUUUCAACUCUGAGACCUGCCUUUCAAAAGUCACGUUUUCGAUUGAACUUGUGUUGAAAAUUUUCCGAGAUUUCUUAAAACUUUUGAGGCUAUUUCAUAGUGUUCAAACGGGCAACACCGUUCAAUGUCUUGGGAAAAAGAGGCAUUUUUUUUGCAAAAGCUCUCAGACUUGAGUGUGUCAUGUUUCUCAUUGUAUUCUUUUCGAAUACAUUCUUUCACCUCUAACUUUUUUGAGUCAUCGACGUGUUCUGAUAGUGCACAAAAAAACAAGGAAGUACCAACUGCCUGAACGUUUCCUACUGAAAACGAUGAAAUUUUCAGACAAUAAAGGGAACCUGCGUAAGUGUUUCUCAGAGUUUGCACACUUCUAUCUGAGAAACAAGACGCAUUUCACAUUCCUCGUGAAUUGGUUCUCGGCCGCCAGCACGUGGUGAGUCUUCAGAUGUUUGCACCCCUCCAAGAUAUUCCUCUUUAUUAUUACUACUCGAUUCUCUGAGACUGCCUAAUUAUCACUGCAGCAAUUUACACGCCUUUCUAUGAAAGAGCAAUUUGUCGGGUCCAGUCCCGCAAUUUCAGAUGAUCCGAGCGCGUUUAACAUACGAUUAUUUUAAAUUAGUCAUGAGGUGACAAAAAACGCCAAAAAACGUGACAUAGCUGAAAUCUAAUUGAUGCCGGAGAGGAAGGUGGCAUGUUCCCUCUACGGGAGGUCUGAAACAAAUUCACAAGGAAAUGGAGAAUAAUUGAAUCAUAAGCUUCAUAUAACUAGGCUACGUCUGCUUUUUUAAAAAUCAAGGCGUUCAGGACUAUUCAUUUUUUUUAAACAGUUUUGAUCAGUUAAAAAAGACCGAAGCAAAAAUAAGAAUGAACCUUCCUUGUGAGUCUCAGAAAUUUUUAAUUUUGAUUUCAAUUACCUUUUUCAUUUUUCUCUCGGUUUUUUAUAGAGAUCGAAUUUCAGGUUGAUUGUGAGUGUCUCUUUCGAUCGUCUUUGGGCCAUCAAAUCUCCUUUCUCCGCUAGAUCAAUGUCGUGAGUCAUUCUCAUGAUCGAAUAUCUUAUAAAUUGUUUCAGUGGGUGUACAAAAAAGGACUGUGUUAUCAUCCCAAUGAUCUUCAUUUUUACCUGCGCUAUCAGUUUUCACAUGAACUUCUCUUUCGAAGUCACCGGCGCGGAAACGGUAUUCAUUAAUAUAGAAUUUACAAUGUCCAGACUAUUUUUAGGGUCAAUCCAAGAUGGUUUCCGUGCAAAAUUCCGCCGUCCUCUAUGUUUUCACAAUGCUCAACCUGGUGAUGCACAUUCUCAUUCCCAUGCUUCUUCUGAUCACUUUGAACGCAUGUUUGCUGUAUUACCUUCGUAACCGAAGACAAGUAUUCUUUGGGAAUUCAGCCGAUGGGAAAUUCAAGAAUUCAGAUGUUUGAGCCAAGAACUCGGAGUGGAAGAAGCUCAACUCGGUCUGAUGAAACUCCAGCGCCUCUUCUCGCUCAGCCUACUGAUUCUCGAGAUCGAGUUGUCCGCAAUCAUUCAAGCAACAGGUUUCAGAUUUGAAAAAAAGAAAAAAACUUAAUUUUUUUAUCAUAUUUGCUCUAAAUCAACUCUAAUGUCGGGAAAAAUCAAAAUUCAGAUUCUCCCUUCAAAAAAUCUUAUGACGUAUGAAAAAAAAUUUUUUGAAUCACCGCUAGAAAGUGGAUAUGAAUUGAACUUCAUGAGCAUUUUCAAUAUCAGAAGACCGAGCCAGUUUUUGAAUAAUAACCAAGAGAAACUUGGUAUUUUGAAUUCCUAGUACCGAGUUGUUUUCGAAAGAAAAAAAAAUCAAUUUUCAAUUUCCAAUUCUGAACUUUUUCCCACGACUGGUUAAGAAAAAAAAGGAAUUUGAUGGUCGAGUCAUUGUUUCAAAUGAUUGAACUUUUCCAGUGGAAUGUGGUGUCGUCAUAUGGGAAAAGCGGAGCGCCACGUCACAGUGACGGUCACAGCAAUCGUAACGGCCUACCUGGUAUCUCACCUGCCGUCGGCUCUGAUCUACGCCUACAUGUUUGUUUUUUUUCUCUUUUUUUAGGCAUUCGAAUUGACUGAAAGUGGCAAAAUAUAAUUUCGCGGCAUCAGUUAGAAAUCGCUCGUAAUUAAAUACGAAGCUUUUGGGCUGCUCAACCUAACCCGAGGCGCUUCGUUUCGGACGCAUCCCAUGCUUCUAGCAAAACAAAAUCGCCAACACGCAUGAUCUAGAUUUUUUUUAAAGUUAUUUCGUCCACUACGAUGCCAUGUACGGCAAGGGAUGGAUGUACACGUUGGUCGCCGUUUCUUCGACGGUAGUCACUUGCAGCAAAGUCGCCAACUUCUUGUUGUUCUGCAUGAGCAGGUGAAUCUUGGAAUCAUCAAAAUAGCAAAAAGGUGCUUUUUCUAGCAAACACUUCCGGAUUGAAAUGCAGAAGAAACUUUGUUUCUUAUGUCGCCACCGAGAAACAAUGAGCCUCAAGGACAGUUUCAACCAACAACGUACCAGGUAUCCAAGCGGGAGCACAAAGUGAAACGAAAUGUUAAGGUUCAGAUCGCUUCCUCUGAACAUCAUUGGCGAUUCGACAAACAACGCGUCUCCAGAAUGA